AUGGGCAAAAAGAAGAGUGGUAGCACAUCGGAGGCGGCCAAACCAAUUUACGCUACAGUCGAUGCUGUGGCGGAUUUUGCUGAACAAUUUACUCGCCUAGAGGCCGAAAACGCCCAACUUCGGAAGGCCGUCAAGUCUUCGGCUGAUCAAGCGGUCGAAGCCAACAGGAUCGCUACUGAUGCCAAGAGUGAGAACGCAUUGUUGAAGGAGGAGGUAAAGAGGCUGAAGCGUCAGAUGAAGGAUGAUCAAGAUGCCAGGCGUGCAGCGGCGGCUGCAAUUGACGAGAAAGAGGGUGUCCUCCGCGAAUCCAUCAAGGAUUUACUGGAGGCCGCCAACUUAACUGUCAGCCGACGCCAUCAGCUUCGGGAGGAUUCCACAGCCGACGCUUUGUCACUUGCUGCUGAGUCAAAUGUCCAGAUUCUUAGGUUACUGCAGAAGUCCAAGGGAGCUCUGUCGAAGUUAUACUCGAUGAUCUUCCCAAAGGCGAAGCUGGACAAAACUCUCGACGAGAUGGCGGAAGCUUUCCUUGUCGAUCCUUCCGAGCCUGUAGAGGUACUGAAACGUCGCAGCCGCUUGAUGGGUGCAGUUCUUACUUUCCAGUUGCUUAUGGGCCACGGGAUGGGAUCGGAAUUGGAAGAGUUCUCUAAGGCGCUGCCUGUUGAUGAUGAAAAUCAUCUAGUCAACCUUGAGCCUUUCAAGAGAUCGGCAAUAACUUGCGCCAACCGGCUUCUGAAGUUGGUGGAUGAAGCACAAGCCGAGCCCGUCCCUGAGUCAGCCCCUGGUUCAUCGUCGGCGAAUCCUUGAACC